CCGUGUCUCUCUUUUCUGCUGAUCGCUGAUGUGUAACUAACUUCAGUUUGCAAGCACGCUGCAAAAAUGUUCACUUUUGGAUCAAAAGUGCUGUUGCUGCUCCUCCUGGCUUUCCCCUGCGGCUUGAUAUCCAUGGGCCGAGUGUCCGCCAACACUGAAUCUGCCGAGGACGUUGACCCAGAUGCAUCUGUCGAUGAGGAGGAAGAAGAUGAAGAAGAAGAGAUGCCGGUGGAGGAAGAACAGAUCCAAAGCUCGGAAGGGGAUGACGACGACUCCGAAGGAGAUGAUAAAUUGUUAACAUCUCACGCUGAUGCCGACACAACCAUUGUCUUCACGACAGGAGAAGAAUUUCCCGCUAAUGAAAUUGUGAGGUUUCUGGUGGGCUUCACCAAUAAGGGAAGUCAGGAUUUCACCGUUGAUUCCUUAGAAGCAACCUUCCGUUACCCUCAGGACUUCCAGUUCUACGUUCAGAAUUUCACAGCUUUGCCUCUGAGCACGGUGGUUCAUCCGGGCGCGCAGGCCUCCUUCGAAUACUCUUUCAUCCCAGCUCAGCCCAUGGCCGGUCGUCCAUUUGGUCUUGUUAUUCUCCUCAACUAUCAUGACACUGAGGGCAUUGUGUUUCAGACGGCCAUUUACAACCAGACUGUCACUAUCAUUGAGAAAGAAGAAGGCCUGGAUGGUGAAACAGUGUUUAUGUACAUCUUCCUUACCGGCCUGGUGGCGCUGAUGCUCUUUGCGAUGUACCAGGUCCUGGAAUCACGAACGGUAAAAAAAGAGAAUCCCGGUAAAGUUAGAGAAGGGCACUGGCGGAAUGAACGAUGUGGACAUCAGCUGGAUUCCUCAGGAGACUCUCAAUGUCAUGAACAAAGCUUCCCCCAAAACUUCACCACGGAAACGAGCCAAGCGGGCAGCUGGAGUGGAUCAAUAAAGCUGUUGCUUUGCCUUCAAUCAACAUGAAGUCCAUGAGGAUUUCAAAGCUCUUUUCCUCACACAUGUCUGAUGCGUGAUGGAAAACAGUGUUUGGACUUCAAUUUCUGAUCCGCGACUCUCAGAGUUGCCACCUCGACACUAGCUGAACUGAAUUGUCAUUCAUUUUAAUGUUUUUGUAACAGUGUGAAUGUUUAUGUGUGAAUGUCAAAAAGAGGGCAGGAAAUGGGUGUGGCUGAAAGCAUCUUAGCAUAGAAAUGCUGUGCCGUUAUCAUAAUGAGACAACUGGAUCCUCACUAUGUGCCAUAUCUCUCUGUGCCAUUUCACAGGACCUCACAAAGCCCAACAAUCGUAAUUUGAAUUUUUAUCGGAAUUGCACAGUGUACAACAGUGCAAUGAAAUUAUGAUUUAAAAAAAAAUACAUACAUUUUGCCCUAGAAGUAACAUUUCAAAUGUGGUGGGGUGGUAGCAGCUGCCAUUCGAACAAACAGAUUUUACUCCAGGUUGUUAGAAAAUUCCAUUUGGUGUCUUAAAGGUGUCUGCGGACUCUUUAAUGGGGCUGUUCAAACACAUUUUUGAGAAGAAUAAAUGUGACGCCAAAACAAUCGGA